CUUGUUUUUGAUUUUAUGGAAACUGAUUUGGAGAUUGUUAUAAAAGAUAAUGAAAUUGUUCUAACACCAGGACAUAUAAAGUCCUAUAUCCUACAAACUCUAAAAGGAUUAGAAUACCUUCACUCACACUGGAUAUUACACAGAGAUUUGAAGCCAAAUAAUUUACUGAUCAACCAGCAAGGAAUACUUAAACUUGGAGAUUUCGGUCUAGCAAAGUUUUACGGGUCCCCAACAAGAAUUUACACACAUCAAGUGGUGACAAGAUGGUAUCGUUGUCCAGAGCUGUUAUUUGGUGCUCGUCAGUAUGGUACAGGAGUGGACAUGUGGGCAGUCGGCUGUAUCCUGGCGGAACUCUUACGGAGGGUGCCUUUCCUGCCUGGUGACACAGAUUUGGAUCAGCUGAGCCGGAUAUUCCAGACGCUGGGCACGCCCGGUGAAGAAGACUGGCCGAACAUGGCCGAUCUACCAGACUAUGUGCAAUUUAAAGAUUUUCCAGGAACGCCACUACGUGAGAUUUUUAUCGCAGCAUCAAAUGAUUUGUUAGAGAUUUUAUCAAAGCUUCUUAAGAUGGAUCCAUUAAAGCGAUGCACGGCCACACAGGCAUUACAGAUGGACUACUUUAGCACAAAGCCUCAUCCCACCCCAGGCCAUCUACUCCCAAUGCCUGGCAGUAACAAAAUUAAGGACCAGAACCAGCUUGAUAAUAGAUUUAGUCUCAAACGAAAACUUCAAGGUGAUACAGGUGGCUUAGUGAAGAGGUUGGUGUUUUAGAGGAACACUUAUACCACAGAUAGAUGAUCUCAGUGCUUUGAUAUUGUCAAACAAGAAACCAGAUCUCCACGUC